GAUGGCUGCUGCCGUCCCUCCUCCCUAGCCUGCCUGGGAGGGCCUAGCCGCAGCAGCUGUAAGCGCAAGUCCUUUCUGUGGGUCGCCGAGCGCACGUCUCGUCCUCCCCACCUGCUUAGCCUCCCCCUUUGUCUACCCCUGGCUGCUGCUCCCCGGGCGGGGACGGGCCAGUGAGUGGCUCAGGGCUUGUUUCCCCUUGAGCCCCUGGGGGCUCCCUCAGCUCUUCCCUAGCCUGCUCCCAGCAGCCUCAGCAUGACUGAGGCUACAGCCUGUCCCGGGAGCAUCCCAGCUCCUGUUGCCAGGUGUGAGUCAGGAGGAGGAAAAGGAGAGGGAGACGCUGAGGAAGGUCCGAAAGGAAGGAAACAGGGAGCCGCUAGAGCCCGGUGGAAACUGCUCAGAGAGGUUCUGAAGAAAAAACACUUGGAGGAUGAGCAUCUUCGACAAGCGUCUAUAAGAAGGUUUGCAUCGUUCAAUCUCUUUUCAGCAGAAGCCUGCAAAAGGAUUACAGAAGAGGAAACUGGGACUUGGGUUCAAUACACAAGUGUCUUUUAUCCUGAGUAUAGUGUCUCUUUAAGAUGUAACAAUGGACUUUUAAAUAUCGAAGAUGUUCUUACAAGUUUUGACAACACAGGGAAUGUCUGUAUCUGGCCUUCUGAAGAGGUGCUAGCUUUCUACUGCCUCAAGCAAAAUCAAAUGUUCAGGGACCUUGCUGUGUGUGAGCUAGGGGGUGGCAUGACAUGCUUGGCUGGGCUCAUGGUUGCUAUUUCUGCAGAUGUCAAAGAAGUUCUGUUAACUGAUGGAAAUGAAAAGGCCAUCAAAAAUGUAAGUGACAUCAUCAUCAGAAAUCAAAAUGCAGGAGUAUUUAAGGCUCAGACUGUAUCAAGCCGCGUUUUACGAUGGGAUAAUGAGACAGAUGUCUCUCAACUGGAAGGACAUUUUGACAUUGUUAUGUGUGCUGACUGCCUGUUUCUGGACCGGUACAGAGCUAGCCUUGUUGAUGCAAUAAAGAGAUUACUCCAACCCAGUGGGAAAGCAAUGGUAUUUGCUCCACUCAGAGGGAAUACUUUAAACCAGUUUUGCAAUCUAGCUGAAAAAGCUGGUUUCUCUGUCCAAAGACAUGAAAAUUAUGAUGAACAUAUUUCGAACUUCCACUCCAAGUUGAAAAAAGAAGAAAAAGAUACAUAUGAAGAAAACAUCCAUUACCCCUUUCUUCUUGUUUUAACCAAACAUGAAUAG